AUGGCUCCAGAAACAAAGAGCCGUAAGCCCGCAAACACUGCCUUUAAACAGCAGCGCUUAAAGGCAUGGCAACCAAUUCUUACUCCAAAAACGGUCCUGCCAACCUUCUUCAUUGUAGGACUCAUUUUUGCUCCUCUCGGUGGUCUGUUACUGUAUGCGAGUAAUAGUGUUUCCGAAGUAGUCAUCGAUUAUACUUAUUGCGACUCAAAAGCAACCGUAUAUCCCAUUUACGAACCUAUUCCUUCGCAAUAUAUCACUUCACUCCCUCAAUCGAACUCAUCCACCGCUCCCAUGUGGAGUCGCGAGGUGGUCGCACCUCCCGAAUUUAAUCUCACUGGUCUAAACAUUUGGCGAUGCCGGAUUCAAUUCACCAUUUCCUCAGCAUUAAAGCCCCCAGUAUUUAUUUACUACCGGCUAACAAAUUUUUAUCAAAACCAUCGACGAUAUGUCAAGAGCUUUGAUGCCAACCAACUCAGUGGUGUCGCCGUUCCCUUGGAAACUCUGAAGGGUGGUAGUUGUAAACCAAUGGCGGAAUCCGCUGAUAAUCAUGCGAUUUACCCCUGUGGGUUGAUUGCCAAUUCCAUAUUUAAUGACACGAUCAAUGUCACGUUUAUCAACCCACCAGGGUCGCCUACAAACCAAUCCUAUGAAUUUAGUAAAAAGGGAAUCGCUUGGCCUUCUGAUAAGCAGAAGUAUGGAAAAACUCAGUACAAUAUCGCUGACAUCCGUCCACCGCCCGAUUGGGCUUCCAGAUAUCCUAAUGGUACUUACACACAAGAUUAUCCACCCCCUGACAUUUCUCAGGAUGAGAGCUUCCAAGUUUGGAUGCGCACUGCGGGUCUCCCAGAUUUCAGGAAGUUGUACGGGAGAAAUGAUACCACAGUGAUGGAAGCAGGAACCUACGAAAUAUCCAUUGAUUACGAAUUCCCCGUGACUCGUUAUGGAGGCACGAAAUCAGUAGUUAUCUCUACGGUUUCAUUUCUUGGUGGUAAGAAUCCUUUCCUGGGGAUUGUCUAUGUCGCAUCGGGAGCUUUAUGUGUGAUACUUGGAUGUCUCUUUACAGCUAGGAACUUAUAUAAGCCCAGAAAACUUGGAGAUCAUACUUAUCUUUCAUGGAAUAACAAUCAAGGGCGUGCGGCGCCAAGUAAUUGA